UGCUUGUUUACUUUGAGUUGGGAAUAAAGUGAGGAUCGCAGUGUGUUCAGGCUGAGCGGACAUUUCCGCAGCGCUGUGUCCACCUGUGGCUUAUUAUCAGGAGGAACAGACUUUUUGUAGCUGGCCGUCAUUGUUGGGGUUAGUUUCUCAGCUCUUUAUCCACUCUUGGUUUAAUCGGAUCUGUCUGCGCUGCGUAAAGAGGAUAUGCGCGGCUGGUGGAGCAGGUGAACGCCUCCAAUAGGAUGCGGAGGUUUCCAUCGCUGAGGCAGCUGAUUAUUUCCACUGGUUUUGCUGCUCAGGUGGAAACAGCCGGGAGGUUUCGACGCGCACCGAUACCGACUGACCGGAUAGGUGGGUGUGACGUAAUCAACGCAAGGAGCACACAGGUGCUGCUUAGAAAUAGGAAGUAAUAAUGGGAACUCCUUCCACUGACAGGAAGGCGCAGCUGGAUUAUGGCGUUCAGAUCCGCUUCAUCAAAGACCUCCACGACACAGGUGGAGUUCAACCUGAGAGAAUCAGAGCAAACAGUGCGACGCCUCCAUCCAGCAAGUACGGGGUGGCUGUAAGGGUUCAGGGUAUCUCUGGGCAGCCGUAUGUGGUUUUAAAGGAUGGAGAGAAAGGGGACUCUUACGGAGUUCAGCUGUCUCAUCCUAAUCCCACUUCAGGGCCAGCGUCUCCAUACAACAGCAUCCAGAAGCCCGAUAAAGAGCCUACAGAUUUUCCAAACUCCUUCAGCCCUGUUGUCAGUUCCUCCCGCUCCCCUGUCUCCCCUGCAGAGGAUGAGGACGGGGACAUUUUUGGGAGUCCUCUUAGGAGACCUCCAGGGGACGGUCAGGCAGGAACUCAAGCAGAGGAGGAAGGUAGAGCUGGCCGAGAACGUCGGGCGGAGAGGCCCAAAGACGAACCGCAACUGAAAGCUCCAGUCAGCAAAACAGAGAAGAAAAUGAACGGCACAGAUAACGAGGAAUAUAAUGAAGCUGGACUGAAACCUGUUAAAUUACAAUCUGUGGGACCUAAAGGAUUUAACCGAACUCCUUCAGGAUUUACCAGUUCUUUGGCGAGAAAGCCCAGCCAAGAUUCCUCCCCUAAAUCCAUCCCAGAUCCUUCACCACUAGCGGACAGCGAGCCCGCUCCAGCCAUCGACACUAAAUCCCUGGCGCCCAUCAAUAAACUCAUCAGCAAGUUCAACAACAGUGCGCCAAGCAGCGCCCCGCAGACAAGAGGCCGUACCGGAGUGAGGCAGCGGCUCCAGUUUGAUGAACGCAAGAGGUCAAGAAGUCUGGAUGCCCGGAAAGAUGCGCAGCCGGCAGCCAUCCCCGCUUCUCCUUCAUCUCCCCUUCUGAACCCUGAUGCCGCUUCCACAUCCGGUGCUUCCAGCUCAUUCAUGUCUUCUGUUCCGGCAACAGCUGCCAAGGCGAUGGCUCCCAGCGCCCCCAGGGCAAGCUUCAAAUCACCAGAGAAGUUUGUUGCCAAAGAAACGCCUCCUAGCAUUGCAAAGAAACCUGAGGUCCUUUCAAGAAGUCAGAGUCAAAACACAGAGUUUAUUAAAAGAGAAGAGGCUCAAGUCAAACCUUCUAUUAACAGCUCCCUCAAAGAAAGCUCCAAUGAGGCUCAAAUUUUCUUCCAAAGAAAAGCCAGCCUGCCCACUGAGACGCCUGACAGAUUACAGAGGGGAGGAUCCGAUGGAGGCAUCAAAAAGGAGAAACUUGAGGAGCUUCAGAAGCAACUCGAACGUUACAAGAAGGAACUGGAGCAGGCGCAGGAUGAACUUGCUGCAGAGCAAAUGGCCAGAGAGGUGGCAGAAACCCGUCUGCGCCUCCAGGAAGAUCAGUUGGCUCAGCUACAGGAGGAGCUGAGGAGGGUUUCAGAGAACCUACCCCAGUCAGACUCAUUUCAGUCGGAUGUGAUAAACCUGCAGACUCAGCUGGCUGAAGCCACCAUGUUAUACCAGCGCCAAGAGGAGGUGCUCCACCAACGAGAGCGGGAGCUGACGGCCCUGAAGGGGGCGCUGAAGGAGGAGGUGGAGUGCCACGACAGAGAGAUGGAGGCUCUAAGGGAGCAGUUCAGCCAGGACAUGUCGAACCUUCGAAAAAACAUGGAGGAGUUCACACAGUCACAGGAGCUGAUCGAGGAGGAGCGUGAGAAAGUGAAUGCUUCCCUGUUGGCGCUGGAAGAGGAGCUGGAGAGCAGCAGAGAUCAGGAGGAGCGGUUGAGAACAGAGCUUGAGUCCACCGCGCAGAAGCUAAACAACACCAGAGACGAGCUAAAAAGGUCUCUUUUGGAGAAGGAGAAGGUUGAGUGCUCCCUGAAGGAACUUCAGAAUUCUUUGGUUUCCACGAAGAAGGAAAAACCUUCAUCUGAAGAUACCAAUUCUUUAAAAGAGGAGCUACAGCGUUGUCAUGACGAUCUGAAGCGAACCCGUGCAGAUCUGGACAGACAAAAGGGUGAGAUAGAGGAGAAAACCAAGGCACUUGAAGCCCUGAAGAAGGCGAGCGGCGAGAAGGAGGCAGAGUUUCUGUCGGAGAUUAGCAAACUGAAGGAGCAAUUUCAGAGAGACAAGGCUGAGCUGGAAAAGGCCCUUGAGAGGGCGAAGGAGGCGUCUGUUACGUCUGCAGGAAAGACUGUGGUGGACGGCGGCGCCAACGAGGAGCUGCAGCAGGAAAACACUCGCCUCAAAGAGAAGCUGGCCCGCAUGCAAACAAGGCUUCAGUCGAGCAUGCCGCGUAGCUCAGACGCUGAAGAGGAGCUGGAAGCUCUGGAAGAUGAGAACCGCUCCCUCAAGUCUCAGCUGGAGGAGGCCAAAAGGGGCGCGAGCCGCCUGAGCAAAGAGCGGGACGACCUCACCCGCCGGCUGGAGGAACGAGACUUAGAGAGGGAUGCGCUGAAACGGGGGAAAAGCGACCUGGAAGAGCAGAAGCGGCUGUUGGACCGAGCUCUGGAGAAGAUCAACAAGGAGAUGGAGCUGAUGAUGGGAGACUCUCGUCAGUCGGUGGCCAGCCUGCAGACACAGCUGGAUGAAUUCAGGGAGCGAUCCAGGAAAGACCUGCUGGAGGCGCAGCGUAACAGCAAGGACAGGCUGGCUGAGCUCCAGAGGGCUCAGACCAACCUUAAGACCCAGCAAGAAGAGAUUUCUCGUCUUAAGAAGGAGCUGCUAACAUGCAACGAGGAGAGAGACAGCGCUCAGCUGGAGAGAGAUCUCCUGAACAACCGACUGAAACACUUGGAGAAGGAGCUGGAAUCUGAGAAGAACUCCCACUCAGACCGAAGCCGGGAGAUCCGGGGCCUGGAGGAUAAAAUCAAGACUCUGGAGAUCGAGUUGGAUGAAGAGAAGAGCAGCGUGGAGCUACUGAAUGAUCGCAUAACCAGAAGCAGAGAUCAGGUGGAUCAGCUUCGCUCUGAGCUUAUGCAGGAGCGUUCAGAGAGACAUGACCUGGAAAUGGACAAGAGUGCCCUGGAAAGACAGGCAAAGGAGCUAAAGUCCCGCCUGGCAGACAUGGAGGGACAGACCCGACCCACAGCUGGAAUCACCCUGCUGGAAAGCAAAAUCCAGGAGCUGGAGGAGAGACUCCGCAGUGAAGAAAGGGAGAAGACGAGUAUCCAGGGGUCCCAGAGACGAAUGGAGAGAAAACUGAAGGAACUGAAUGCCACAUUAGACCAGGAGAGAAGCCAACAUAUUGAGCAGAGGGAUCAGCUGACCCUCCGUGUUAAGGCCCUGAAGCGACAGCUGGAUGAGAGCGAGGUGGAGGUGGAGCGCUUGGAGGGAGUCCGUCGGAAGGUCCUCAGAGACCUGGAGGAGCAGCAGGAACUCCAGGAAGCUCUGCAGGCCAAAUGCACAGCACUGGAGAAUGACCUGAAGCGUAAGGCGCAGCAGAUUAAUCGGACAAUCCUGAGCUCAACUACAUUGAGCUCCGACGAGGAGGACGGCUUCUAUGACAGCGGGAAGACCCCUCCAUCCUGAGCCAGAAAAAAUCCUCAAAAAAAAAAAAAAAACACUUGCUAGAAAAGAAAAAGAAGCAGGAGGGAAAACAAAGGUCUCCUGUUAACGACGGCUCACCUGUGAAGAUCUUACAUGAUCAACUCUUCCAAACCUGAACACAGCUGUGAUUCCUUUCUGAAAUGUCAUUCCUGGUUUGUAAAGAUUCCCAGCAUGAUUUUAAAAAGGGCGUCUCUGCUAUGUGUUUGUUGUUAUUGUUCCAUUGGCAGCAAAUUACUGUAGCAUGAUUAUUCAUUUGGGGUCAGACUUUAAUUCUCAACCAAAAACAGACCUCUAUCUUUUAUGUAUGAGUGUAACCUUCUGCAUAAUAACUUAUUUUCUUCUGUUGCAGCAGCACUCCUUUGUGUUAAAAGUGAACCUUUAUCUGUUUUUUUUUUUGACUGUGACAGUUUGGGGCCUUUAAUCUGAGCCUAUAUUUUUACCGAGGUGUUGCCUCUAAAGACAAUCAUAUAGAUGUGCAUUAGCUUAUUAACAUCUCCAUGUAUCAAUUUAAAUCACAUUGGACCACAUAAAUAGUUAGAAAUUUCAAUACAGUCGCCACUACAUGCGUUUGUUUAUUGUGUAAGCCUUUUUUUCAUACUUGCAUAAUAAUAAAACACACCUUUGAUGUAGGAAAAAUAAACUGGGUGCAGAACUUUAUAUGUGAAUAAACUUUCAAAAAUGAUCCUCAUGUUUAUACAUUUUUACUUUUGAAGCCAUUAAAAUGUUCCUGAGAUCAUUCUGACUUGAUAAUCUUCUUCCACUUUUACAGAAGCUUUCCAUCAUCAACUGGUUUUGAUCUUUGGUAUCACAGUCCUAUUGAAACAUCCAGUUCCUCAGCAUGAUGCUGCCACUGCUGUGCUUGCCAAUGACACCGAUUUUAAAGUAGGCAGUGGGGUUUUAAUGUAAUAGCUGCCGGAACUUGUAGUACAAGUAAUGUAGAGCUUAAGAUGGUUCUGAACACCCUAAAAGGUCUGGUGCAAGUCCUGACAACAAAAAGCUUACUUUUGA